UAGGGGGCAGCACACCCCCAGAAGCCAAGUCUAUUCCAGGCAGUACCAGGGAUUAGGGUCUGGGCUGGAAAAAUCCUGGUGUUUUGAAUAUGUUCAGGUCCAGUUCAGACUCUUGAUCCCACAGCCACUUCUUGAGUGAGGGUAUCCUGUCUUGGUAGUGAAUGGAAGAGGGCCUGGUCCCUGGGGCAGUACAGAAGGCACUUUCAUCAUCUCACUCACCGCAAAUGUCAUGUGAGGUUUCAUGGAAGUAUUAAGAGAUCCAAUUAAGAAGAAUAGUUCUGAGUCUAAACCAGCCCAGAGUGGCUUCUCUAGGGGAAACUCCCCGCUCAGCUGCCCUGAAUCUGUGGAGGCUAGUCCAGCAAUUGAUGGAGUGUAUGAGAAGAGCAUGUAUUCCACUCAUAAUUAUGGGACCACUCAGAGGCAUGGGUGUCGAGGACUGCCUUAUGCUACGAUCAUCCCUCGUUCUGACCUGAAUGGCCUGCCGUCGCCCCUAGAAGAACGCUGUGGAGACAGCCCGAACUCUGAAGGAGAGACUGUUCCUACCUGGUGUCCUUGUGGUCUUUCUCAGGAUGGCUUCCUUCUCAACUGUGACAAGUGCAGGGGAAUGAGCAGGGGGAAGGUUAUUAGACUUCAUCAGCGGAAGCAGGACAACAUAUCAGGUGGGGAUAGCAGUGCAACGGAAAGCUGGGAUGAGGAGCUUUCUCCUUCCACUGUGUUGUAUACAGCAACACAGCACACACCUACAAGCAUCACCUUAACUGUUAAUCGGGUUAGGAGAACGAAACCCAAGAAGUGGAAAAAGAGUCCAGAAAAGGGUCGUGCAGCACCAAAGACGAAAAAAAUCAAGAAUUCUCCCUCUGAAGCACAGAAUUUAAAUGAGAAUACAACUGAGGGCUGGGAAAAUUGGAUAAGACUAUGGACUGAUCAGUAUGAAGAAGCUUUCACUAAUCAGUACGGUGCAGAUGUACAAAACGCCCUUGAACAACAUCUACAUUCUGGCAAGGAAUUUGUGGGCAAACCUGCCAUUUUAGACACUAUUAAUAAAACUGAAUUGGCCUGUAAUAAUACAGUUAUUGGUUCCCAAAUGCAGCUACAGCUGGGAAGAGUCACUCGUGUUCAAAAGCACCGAAAGAUCCUGAGGGCUGCAAGAGAUUUGGCUUUGGACACUCUUAUAAUAGAGUAUCAAGGGAAAGUCAUGUUACGACAGCAAUUUGAGGUCAAUGGGCAUUUCUUCUAAAAACCAUACCCCUUUGUGCUCUUCUACUCAAAAUUCAAUGGUGUAGAGAUGUGUGUGGAUGCCCGAACUUUCGGUAAUGAUGCUCGAUUCAUCAGAAGAUCUUGUACACCAAAUGCAGAGGUACGGCACAUGAUCGCAGAUGGAAUGAUUCACCUGUGUAUCUACGCCGUGUCUGCCAUUACCAAGGAUGCAGAGGUCACCAUAGCGUUUGAUUAUGAGUACAGUAACUGUAAUUAUAAAGUGGACUGUGCAUGUCACAAGGGGAACCGGAAUUGCCCUAUACAGAAAAGGAAUCCCAAUGCUGCAGAACAGCCACUCCCACUUCCUCCAAGCCUACCCACCAUUGGAGCAGAGGCCAGGCGUAGAAAAGCACGACGAAAAGAGCUAGAGAUGGAGCAGCAGAAUGAGGCUCCAGAGGAGAAUAAUGACCAGCAACCAGAAGAAGUUCCAGAAAAAGUAAAUGUAUCCAGUGAUCAUGAGGAAAUAGACAAUCCAGAAGAAAAACCAGAAGAAGAGAAAGAAGAGGUUGUAGAUGACCAGGAGAACCCAGCUCACAGCAGAAGGACCUGGGAAGAUAGGAAGGUUGAAGCCAUUAUGCAUGCUUUUGAAAACUUAGAAAAAAGAAGGAAACGGUGGGAUCAGACCUUGGAGCUGAGCAACUCUGACAUAGAGAUUGCUACCAACACCUCUGAGACUCCUGUGGUAGACGAGACAAAAACUGAAGCCUCUGAAUCUGAAGUUAGCAACCCAGCUUCAAAUGUUGCCGUCCCAAGCACCCCACAGAGUGUUGGUGUGAACACCCGGAGGUCUUCCCAGGCAGGGGAUAUUGCUGUAGAAAAACCAAUUCCUAAACCACCUCCAGCAAAGCCUUCUAGGCCUCGACCGAAGAGUCGAAUUUCUCGGUACCGGACCAGUUCAGCCCAAAGACUAAAGCGUCAGAAGCAGGCCAAUGCACAGCAGGCAGAGUUGUCACAAACUGCCCUGGAAGAGGGAGGAAAUAACAGCUUAGUAACUCCUACUGAAGCUGGAAGUGUAGACAAUUUAGGAGAAAACAGGCAAUUAACAGGGUCUGACCCAGCAGUGGUAUCGGUUGUUGGAUCCCAUGUCAACCGGGCUGCAUCGAAGUACCCUAAAACCCAAAAGUAUCUAGUUACAGAAUGGAUGAAUGACAAAGCAGAGAAGCAAGAAUGUCCUGUUGAGUGCCCUUUACGUAUCACCACGGACCCAACUGUGCUGGCAACGACUCUGAACAUGUUACCUGGUCUUAUCCAUUCCCCAUUAAUUUGCACCACUCCCAAACACUACAUUCGUUUUGGUUCACUCUUUAUCCCUGAGAGGCGCCGAAGGCCCCUUCUGCCUGAUGGCACGUUCAGCUCCUGUAAGAAGCGCUGGAUAAAGCAAGCCUUGGAAGGAGGGAUGACUCAAACAUCAUCCGUACCCCAGGAGACUAGAACUCAGCACCUAUACCAAAGUAAUGAGAACAGUAAUGCUUCUAGCAUCUGCAAAGACAAUGCAGACUUGUUGAGCCCAUUAAAGAAAUGGAAGUCUCGCUAUCUGAUGGAACAGAAUGUCACCAAAUUACUGCGGCCUUUCUCCCCAGUCACACCACCCCCUCCCAAUCCAGGAUCAAAGAGCCCCCAGCUGACCACACCUGGUCCAUCUCAUCCAGGAGAAGAGGAUUGUCGAAAUGGAUACAGCCUCAUGUUCUCACCAAUCACGUCUCUUACUACUGCUAGUCGCUGUAAUACUCCUCUGCAGUUUGAGCUUUGUCACCGAAAAGAUACGGAUCUGACAAAAGUAGGAUACCUUGACGCCAGCACUAACAACUGUGCUGACAGACCUUCUCAGCUUAACUCAGGUCAUUCUGACCUGGCUCCUCAUCCCUCCAUUGGGCCCAACUCUCAGUCUGGCUUCCCAAGCAGGAGUGGAGAUGGACAUCAGACCCUUGUAAGAAACUCGGACCAGGCAUUUCGGACAGAGUUUAACUUAAUGUAUGCCUACUCCCCUUUGAACGCUAUGCCUCGAGCAGAUGGAUUGUAUCGAGGGUCUCCCCUAGUAGGGGAUAGGAAGCCUUUACUCUUGGAUGGGGGAUAUUGUUCCCCUGCAGAAGGGUUUCCCAGCAGAUAUGAACAUGGAAUUAUGAAAGACCUUUCUCGUGGAUCCAUGUCACCUGGUGGUGAAAGGGCCUGUGAAGGACUCCCAUCUGCCCCACAGAACCCACCACAGAGGAAAAAGGUAUCUCUGCUGGAGUACCGCAAACGAAAACAAGAAGCCAAGGAGUCUGCUGGUGGGGGAACUGACUCUAUACAGAGCAAAAGCAAGUCUGGAGGAGCUGGGCAAGGCAGCAGUAACUCAGUGCCUGACACUGGUGGCCAUGGUGUACAGGGAUCCUCAGCCCGAGCCCCAUCUUCCCCUCACAAAAAAUUCUCCCCAUCUCAUUCCUCUGUGUCCCAUCUGGAGGCGGUAAGCCCAUCAGAUUCCAGAGGCACUUCUUCGUCCCACUGCAGACCUCAAGAGAAUAUCAGCAGUAGGUGGAUGGUUCCCACGUCAGUAGAACGGCUCCGAGAAGGAGGGAGCAUACCCAAGGUCCUCCAGAGCAGUGUGAGGGUGGCCCAAAAAGGAGAACCCUCUCCCACAUGGGAGAGUAGCACCACAGAGAAAGACUCAGACCCUGUGGAUGGAGAAGGUCCAGAGACAUUGAGCUCGGCACUCUCUAAAGGAGCAACUGUUUACAGCCCUUCUAGAUACAGCUACCAGCUCCUGCAGUGUGAUAGUCCACGGACAGAAUCACAAAGCCUCCUUCAGCAGAGUUCCUCUCCCUUUAGAGGACACCCCACCCAAUCUCCAGGAUACAGUUAUCGAACUACUGCACUGAGACCUGGAAAACCCCCCUCUCAUGGUUCUUCAGAAUCAUCCCUCUCUUCUGUGUCCUAUUCCAGCCCCGCCCACCCUGUGUCCACAGACUCGUUGGCCCCAUUUACGGGGACACCAGGGUAUUAUAGCAGCCAGCCACAUUCUGGAAACAGCACUGGUAGCAGUCUUCCACGGAGGAGCUGCCCUUCUAGUGCUGCUAGCCCUCCCACACAGGGCCCCUCAGACUCGCCAACCUCAGGCUCGGUUUCUCAGUCCAGCACAGGAACUCUGAGUUCCACCUCCUUUCCUCAGAACUCUAGGUCAUCAUUGCCAUCAGACUUACGGACUAUCAGUCUGCCCAGUGCUGGGCAGUCAGCUGCCUACCAGGCCUCCAGGGUAUCCGCGGUUUCCAAUUCACAGCACUACCCACACCGUGGGAGUGGGGGUGUGCACCAGUAUCGACUCCAGCCGCUGCAAGGGUCAGGAGUCAAGACUCAGACAGGACUUUCCGAAGGCUUCUGGAUUUGGGAAAAUAGAACUGAAUGAGCCCAUAGCUACUUCCUUC